GCCAUGGAUGCCAACAUGGGAUCCUUCAUUGGCGAAGCUUUCAAGGUGCCCAUGGUCUUGAAGCGUUUCCAACCUCGGUUCUACAGCCGGGAUCGCGUGACGGCGAGGCUGAUCGGUUUCAGAGAGCACAUCUUCACCGUGGCCCAUGGUAUUUGUGGAGACAUCAACGCUGUCGCGGAGUGGUGCUUCGGAACCUCCAUCCAGCGUGUCCAGACAUGGUUGGGUGUGCGAAUGCACUACGGCCACCCCGACUUUGUA